ACCCUUGCAAUUGCAACCGAGCCGCACCACGGCGCAGACGGCGGCGGCGGCGGCGGCAGCGGACUAAUCAGCGGCCGAGCGGGCGGCGCCGGAGGAGGAGGAGAUGCCGGGGAAGGGGCAGCGUCGGAGGGAGAAGAACUACCGCGCGGCGCAUGGCGGGGACUCGCGCCUGGCCCCGCCGCCGAAGCAGCGGGAGCUCGAGGCCAUCCCGUCCAAGCUCCGCCGCCUCAUCGCCUUCCAGAACAAGCACAACGCCAACGCCAACGCGUCCUCAGGAGGUGCUCGUGCUCCCGGGAAGCAAGAUGAUGGGUUAGGGAAGAACAAACCGGCUAAAGACAAGAAAACUAAGAAGCAGACCCCAGAGGCUCCAGCUGAAAGCAAAGCAUCAGAGAUUAAAGGUGGUGAUGGUUCGGCUACCGAUGAGAACGUGAAUGCAGAGGGAAGCAAGGGGAAGAGAAAGCGGGGGAAGGCUAUGGACCUUCGUUUCAAGGAAUUGGAGGAGAAUGUCUCAAUUUCAAAGAAGCAAAAAAGGAAGAAACAUCUGGAUGAGAAGAAAAAGAAGCGCAAGGGCAAUAAGACUGAAAGUCUGCCAGAUUUCCCUGGGCGUGAGAAAGUAAAAUUUGGGGAAGUUGUCGAGGCCCCACCGAAGUUGUCAUUCCCCAAGGUGAAGAGCGCUUUAGAUGCUUCUCGUGAGGUGCUAAGGAAAGAGGCGAUCGAGAAUUACAGAAAUAUCAAAGGCUGGACAUCGAGGCCUGGACUCCAGCUCCCAACACUAGCUGAAAAUACAUUCUUGUCAUCAUAGAUAUUUUAUCUUUUUAUUGUAUCAUCAACAAACUUACUCUGUUUGUAUCAGAGAAGUUUAGAGUAUAGGUUUUGUAAUCUGUACUCUCCUGUAAGCGAUUCUGAGACAAACAUUUCUGUUUGGCUUCCAUGUUUUUGUUUCUGUUUACAUUCAAAUCGGAUCAUUGUUCUGUUCU